AUGGCUAUUCGCAGUGAGCCUCCAAGCCUGGCGGCUGAGUCGACACCCGUGGCUGCUCUCGGAGUUGAAGAUCCCCUUGCGAGAUACAAUCACAAUGAUAGCUCGUGCGCCAUUGAACUAGCCCAGGACUAUACCAUUGGCGAGCAUCUCCUCUGGGCACCUAGAAGAAUCCGUGUAGGAUGCAUUGGCGCAGGUGCGUCGGGCAUAAUGCUGUGUUACAAGAAGGAAAAGGAGUUUGGAAACGACAUCGACCUGGUUGUGUACGAACGCCACGACCAGCCUGGAGGUGUCUGGUACACGAACAAGUACCCGGGCUGCCGAUGUGACGUCCCGUCACCUGCGUAUCAGUAUUCAUUUGCCCCCAAGCCAGACUGGCCGAUGAUGUACUCGUCCGCCCAAGACAUCCAGGGGUAUUAUCGCGACUUUGCCGAAAGCCGAGGAUACCUCGACAACUACAUCAAGCUCAAGCAUUCCGUCAAUAAAGCCGUGUGGGACGAGGAUAACGGCCAGUGGAUCCUCAGCGUCACUGAAAGGUUAUCGUCAGGCGAGACACGCGUCUUUGAGGACAGAGUCGACUUUUUGGUCGGCAACAUUGGCGUCUUGCACACGUGGAAAUGGCCCUCGAUUCCUGGACGGGAACUUUUCAAGGGAAAAAUGACCCACUCCGCCAACUACGACACCUCUCUCGACCUCAAGGAUCAACGGGUCGCCGUGAUCGGAUCUGGCGCCUCGGCUGUGCAGAUCGUCCCAGCCAUCAAGGACGAGGCAGCUCACGUGGUAUCUUUUUACCGAACGCCGCAGUGGAUCAGCUCCGGAAUGCAGGUGGAGGGCCUGACGGAUGGCUCCAACAUUGCGUUCACCGACGAGCAAAAGAAAAAGUUCAGGGAUGACCCAGCCUACUACCUGGAAUGUCGAAAGAAGAUGGAAAACAAUAUCAACAGGGCUUUCCCUGUCAUGCUCAAGGAUCAUCCCAUGCAGACCGUGGGCCGUAAGAAAGUAGCGGAGCGCAUGGCAAGCAUUAUAAACAACGAUCCGGCUCUUAUGAAAAAGGUGAUGCCAGACUUUGCCAUGGGCUGUAGACGGCUCGGCCUUGGAGAAGAGUUCCUUCACGCCCUCAACACGCCCAAGGUUUCUCUUGCCGAUUCGGGCAUUGAAGUCUUUACUGAAACCGGAGUCAAGUGCAAGGAUGGAUCUACAAUCGACUUUGACGUUGUGAUCUGUGCCACUGGCUUUGAUGUCAGUUUCAGGCCGCCCUUUGCGUUGAUCGGCCGAGAGGGAAGGGUGCUAGGCGAUGAGUGGGGCGCUGAGCCUGAAGCGUACCUCGCCCUGGCUGCUUCGGGGUAUCCCAAUUUCCUCAUUGGCUCACUGGGCCCUAACUGCCCUGCCGGCCAUGGCUCCUUCGUCACUGUUCUCGAAUCGGCCCAGAACUACGUCUGCAAAGUAAUCCGCAAGCUGCAGACUGAGAACAUCCUAAGCCUGGAUGUCAAGAAAGAAGUCGUGGACGAGUACAACCAACAUGUUCACCAGUGGCUUCAGAGAACCGUCUGGGCAGCUGGAUGUCGCUCAUGGUUCAACGGAGGAGACCCUUCCGGGAAGAUCAGAGCUCAGUACCCCGGUUCAUUGAUGCAUUGGAGAGAGAUGAUGGAUGAGCCUCGUUUUGAGGACUACAACAUCAGGUACAGGGGCACCAACAGGUUCAAGUUUAUGGGGAAUGGCUUUACCAAGAAGGAAGUUGAUGGGCAAGACUUGUCGUUUUACCUGGAUCCUGACUGGAUCAAGAGGCCUCUGUUUAGCCACUAG